CUUCUGUCCCCAUUCCAGCACGUUUCUGCCCCAGGUGCUGCCGUCCCACGUCUCAGUCACCCGCUCGCGGAGGGGACCGCUCACCAACACUGGGGACUGUUCACCCAAUGGGGGAAGGUCCGUGGUGCCAAGGGCAGGGGUCUCCAAGGACAAGCCCAGAACUUACAUCCCAGUGCGGUGACUCCUGUGCCACAUCCCCACUCCCAUCCAUUCCACCUGGCCAAGUGCCAGCGGGGCUCAGCUCCAAGCACGUCUCACCCGCAUCCUGGCGGCGUGGCACCCGGCUCUGCCACCGUGUCCCCCCUCUGUGCCCCUCACCGCGGUGCAGGUGACACGCUGGCUGCCACCCUGGUCUUACACUUCCUUUUGUCUGCAGGCUGGCUCAGGUGCUCCGAUCACCUGCUGCUUGCAGGAGCGGGGAAGCAGCAACUGAAGAUCGAGGGGGACUUUUGGUUUACUCAGAUGACAAGAGACAAUUUUGCUUCCCCCAAAGCCAAGGAAACAAAGCUGUCAGGCUUUAAUGGUAGCUUGUCUCCCUCCUGCAGCAUGUUUAUGGGCAAACAAGCUGCAGAGCAGACCAGGCAAACUGCAGUGCCCAUCCCCUCGAAGGCCAACGGCACCAUUCCCUCCCUGAUGAACAAGGACGGGCUGAUCGGAGGGGUGACGAACCCCAACGAGGUUUUCUGCUCGGUGCCCGGCCGCCUCUCGCUGCUCAGCUCCACCUCCAAGUACAAGGUGACGGUGGGGGAGGUGCAGAGGAGGCUCUCGCCCCCCGAGUGCCUCAACGCCUCCCUCCUCGGCGGGGUCCUGCGCAGAGCAAAAUCAAAAAACGGGGGUCGGUGUUUAAGGGAAAGGUUAGAGAAAAUCGGCCUCAAUCUACCCGCAGGACGGCGCAAAGCUGCCAACGUCACCCUGCUGACAUCACUGGUGGAAGGUGAAGCUGUCCACCUGGCCCGGGAUUUUGGCUACGUGUGUGAAACAGAAUUCCCAGCCAAAGCAGCGGCAGAGUACCUGUGCCGACAGCACUCCGACCCCACGGAGCUGCACACCAGGAAGAACAUGCUGCUGGCCACCAAGCAAAUUUGCAAAGAGUUUGCAGACUUGAUAGCCCAGGACCGCUCACCUCUGGGGAACAGCCGCCCCUCGCUGAUCCUGGAGCCGGGCGUGCAGAGCUGUCUGACUCAUUUCAGCCUCAUCACCCACGGCUUCGGCGGCCCGGCCAUCUGUGCAGCACUGACAGCCUUCCAGAACUACCUGGUGGAGUCCCUCAAGGGGCUGGAUAAAAUGUUCAUCAGCAGCACAGGGAACGGGCACACGGCCGGAGACUCCAAAGCGUCAGAGAAGGAAGGGAAGCAUCGAAAGUGAGGUGCAGACUCCAUCCCCUGCCUGGGGAGCUCCCACAGCCCGAGGAAGGUCAGCAGUGCCAGGAGGACGCGGCGCUUUCUGAACCGCUCCGUUUGAACUGGGGGUGAAACUCAAAAUGCAAACUACAAAAAGAGAAACGGAUUGAAAUUUAGCAGGAAGAAAACAACUCUGACAGACGUGGCGAGGAGGAGAAAAUAAGCCAG